AUGGUUGAGACCACUCCGCUGCGAAUCGGCACUCGUCGAUCGAACCUGGCCAUCGUCCAGGCCGAAGGCAUCCGCGAGAGCCUACGCCGGAUCGCCCCCGAUCGGACCUACGAGAUCGAAACUCUCCACACACUAGGCGACAAAGACAAGUCGACCGAGCUGUACAACUUCGGAGCAAAGAAUCUAUGGACGUCUGAACUGGAGGACAAGCUGAACUCCGGUGAUAUCGAUGUUGUUGUGCAUUGCCUGAAAGAUAUGCCCACUAGGCUCCCCGACUCCUGCGAUCUGGCCGCCAUCCCCCUCCGCGAUGACCCCCGCGAUGCGCUGAUAGUCAAAUCCGGCCUUUUAUAUACAAGCUUGCAGACACUACCCGAAGGCGCCGUCGUUGGUACAUCCUCCGUCCGACGCUCUGCACAGCUUCGCCGUCUCUACCCGCACCUCCGCUUUGCCAACCUCCGCGGCAACGUCGAAACUCGUCUGGCGAAAGUUGAUAACCCCGAGAGCGAGUACACCUGCAUGGUUAUGUCGGCCGCUGGCCUUGAACGAAUUGGAUUGAAGCAUCGGAUUACGCAGUACAUGGGCUCGAAGGAUGGCGGGAUUCUACACGCAGUUGGUCAGGGUGCGUUGGGGCUGGAGAUUCGCAAGGGAGACAUUAAAACUCUGGAACUCCUGAAUCAGUUAGGUGAUCGGAAGUCUACCCUCGCCUGUCUUGCGGAGCGGGCUCUCCUACGCACUUUGGAGGGUGGUUGCACUGUCCCCAUCGGUGUUGAGACGGAGUGGGUUGAUGACGCUCUGGGCCGGUUGAAGAUUUCAGCGAUUGUUGUUAGUCUUGAUGGUACGGAAAGCGUUCAGGAUGUCAUUGACGCAACGAUACGGACUGAGGAGGAAGCAACUGCGCUCGGCGAAGAAUUGGCUUCGCGACUUGUGAAACAGGGAGCGGGCUCAAUUCUCGCUGCGAUUAAUGCCAAUCGGCCGCCGAAGGCUGACUGA